CAUCUUUCUAAAUAACUUAGUCAAACCAAGAUUUGAGUGAUAGACCCAAUAAAAGUCUUCUCUUUCAACUUUCAAGCACAAGAUGUCAAAAGACGAAGCUAAAAUCCCUGAGCCGAGGAGGAGUCUGAUCGUUAGCAUUGAGUCCAAACUCCCUGACCUGAAUAUAAAGUCUUGCUAUGAUGUGGAAGACGAAGGAAAAGGAGAAAUUCUAAACACAGUGGAGAAUCUAACAAGUCUCAACGAUCAAGAUGCAUGCUACGGUCUUUCUAAGCUUUUGUUCGAGCUUGAGGUCGAGAUCUUUGCCCGUGUUUCAUGUUUUCAAUAUUGGAAACUAAAUUUUCUCAACAAGCAGUUUUCACAAUUGCUACAAAGUCGUGAGAUUUUUAGAGUGAGGCGAGAACGCGGAUUUGUGCAACCGUGCGUGUUCAUGCUUUCGAGCGGUGAAACUUGUUGGACAAUGUUUGAUAAAGAUUUCAAAAAUUUCCGACAACUUCCAAAAGUUCCUUCUGACGAUUGUUUCUUUCAUGGAGAUAAGGAAACGAUCAGUGCAGGUACGCAUUUGAUAGUCACGGGAAGGGAGGUGGAGCGUAUUGUGGUGUGGCGAUACGAGUUAGAGAUAAACAAGUGGAUCAAAGAUACUGAAAUGAUCACACCGCGUGUGAUGUAUGCUUCUGCGAGACAUGGGACCGAUGCUUUUUUUGCUGGAGGGAUUAAGGCAAGCGACAAGGGGAAAUCUGAAGUUGUCAACGUUGCCGAAAGAUACAAUUCUGACACAAAAACGUGGAAAGCGAUGCAUGUAAUGAAUAAGCGAAGAAAAAUCAGCUCUGGAUGUUUCUUGCGUGGUAAGUUUUACGUUCUUGGUGGUCGGGAUGAAAAUGAUGUACAUCUAACUUGUGGAGAAAGUUACGAUGAGAUAACAGAUUCAUGGAGGUUGAUUCCAGACAUGCUCAAAGGCAUGACGUUCAUGACUCCCCAAUCUCCACCCCUUAUUGCAGUGGUCAACGACAACCUCUACUUGCUGGAAACAUGGUUGAACGAGCUAUGGGUUUAUGAUAUAGACGCAAAUGCUUGGCAAAAUCUCGGAGUUGUGCCUGUGAAAGCAAAUGCCGCUUUAGGUUGGGGAGUUGCAUUUAAGUCACUUGGCAAUAUGCUUUUGGUGAUUGGGGGUUCAUCUGCUCAACCGUGGAACAAUACAAUGUCGGUUUACACUUGUCGUCCAUCUCCAAAGCUGGGAAAGAUGGUUUGGGAGGAAAAUAAACAUUGUUGUGAUGGUGUUCAGCUCAAUCAUUUUAUCCGUAACUGUUGUGUGAUGAUUGCUUAAGCUUUAUGAGACAAGCUUAGCAACAUCUUUUGUUUCUGUUUGCUUUUUUAUGCUUAUGUUUAAAAAUAAGUUUUGGCGAUCUUGACGCCAAAACGUAGCUAAAAUUAUUGUUCUUUUCGAAUGUUAAUUUUUCUAUUUUGCGUUUGCGU